UAUCCACCAAAAUGGAUCCCAAUCCCCAGCAAACAUUCGCCGGCGCGGUCACCGGAAACCACCGCAUCCGCAUGGCGAACCCUAGUACUUCUCAGCCUGGAUGGUAUUUCACACGCAAGGAAAUUGAUGAGAACACUCCUUCUAGGAGAGAUGGCGUCAAUUUGACAACAGAGACCAAGAUUCGGAAAUGCUACUGUAAACUUUUGCAGGACUUAGGGAAUCACCUACACUUGCAAUAGCUAUUGCUUGCUUGCUACUUGCAACUAAAACCACAGGAACUCCCCGCUCAUUGGAAGAAAUCACUAAUUUUUCAUUUGUGAUGAUACAUAAAAAGAAUCCAGUUGCUGCACUUAGAAUUAAGCAUAAGGAAGUGCUUGAACAGGAGAAGGAACUCAUAAGACGAGCAGAAUUACUUGUUCUUGACACACUCGACUGUGAUUUGGAUGUGGCACUUCCGUAUCCUACCCUUGUCAGUGCCUUAAAAAAAUUUGAUGAUGUUGCAAGUUGGCUUGCUCCAACUGCAUGGAGUUUACUGAGAGAUUGGCUGCAGACAUCACUUUACAUGCAGUUUGAACCACAUUAUCUUGCUGUAGCAGCUCUCCAUAUUUCCUCUGUGAUUUUGAAAAAUUGGGACGUGUCUGAUUCUGACAUUGGAUGGAUUGAAGAAUUCCAUGUAACCUACCAGCAAUUUUCAGAUAUUUGCCAGCAAGUGGAAGAGAUGCGCGAUUUGAGUAACAUCAUUGUAUGGUAAGUAGUUCUUGAUGUGAGUUCAUGUUUAGAAAAAAAUUCCUUCUUAAGUUGGAUGGAGUAUGUUUCAAGGUGUCAUCAGAAUGAAUGAACAUUGGCAAUGAUUGAUGGCAUUAUUCUUUUGGAUUAGCAAGCGACUGAAUACAGGUGUAGAGCCAAGUCAGCCAUGAAUGUCGACGAAGUUAAGCAGAGGUACAUUUGCUGUAUAAAUUUUGUCAGAAAAGGAAAGGGCAUACUGUAUAGAAUGAUGUUACUAUAUUGUCAUCUACAACUAACUGCAAGAGAAAAAAAAAAUAUACAGAAUGACAUUGCUCUGUAGUCAUCUACAACAGAUUAAAAAACAAUAUAGGAUUUUGUUUGUCCUGAAUUAGGAGACUUGUACAUGCCUGGGUUGUUUGUGA